CAGCUGUUUUCAUUUUUCGUGAGCUCGAAAUUGUUUCCAUAAAAACGACGCGUUGUUAUGGUCACAUAGCCAUGUGUGAAUUAAAAUGGGUUCAAUCGCAUCGGUGCUGCAAUGGCAUUGUCAGACGUGUGGUCAAAUCAACCCCACGGAGAGUGUGAAGUGUUUAAAAUGUAGUAUAAAAAGAGUAUCUGAUCAUGACAGUGUUAUCCAAAAACGAUAUUACACCGGUGAUUCUUCAUCGGAAUACGCUUCUCGGACAGAAAAAAGUGGUGGAACGACUCCCGGCUCAGAAGCUAUCGUCAUACCGACAACAAACACUUUCAAUAGCGGAUGGUCGUGCGUUGGGUCAGCGCCGCUGGCGAGCCGCGCGUGGCGCUGCGGUUGCGGGCUCCGGAACGUUUCGGCCUCUUGGCGCUGCGCUGCUUGCGACAAGAUCGCGCCUCAUGCGCCUGUAUACAGAUUGUCCGAUGACGAGGAACAACCUUCAGGGAUGACUGACAAGGAUAAGCCUGACCAAGACCACAGUAUGAUAAGGUCCAACACUUUAGCUGUCCCUUCGUAUAAACCUUCGUCAAGUUUUUCCGGCGGUCGACCUCUGAACCUCGAUGUGCAGUGCCUGCGUUUAUCUCCGACGCAAAUAACCGAUCAUGCUCAUGGAGUUACACGAUCUUUAUCGCAUGGCUCUGUGAUCAAUUCGCAACAGAAGUGGUGGAAUGUUGAAGAGACUAGAGGUACCAUAAACAGACCGACGAGUUUGUUAGUCUCUGAAAGAUAUGGUACUUCGUCGUAUAAUCCAAGGGAAUCUUUCUUGAGAAGUCUCCACACAGUUACGAGACGCCCCAAGAAGUUAAAUGAGAGCAAGUCUAAUUGGGAACUGAAUUACGUGAAAGAAUAUCAAAAAGAGCAUAGUAGAGGUCUGCAUUUGAAAAAGUGGGCUUGCAGCAAAUGUACAUUAGAAAAUUCUGGUAUUAGAACACAUUGCGAAGCUUGUUUGUCUCCAAGAAUAUCUCCUCUCGCCCGAAUUUCCAAUACAAGGGGACUUAGUGUAACGACUUUGGGCAGACACGAGACAUUGAGUGGUAGAGAUGGAGCGACCUCGUUGCCAUCAUCUGGUGGUAUUAUGAUAACUGUUCCAGAUUGGCCGCAAACAGGUACGAAUUCGGGCGAUUCCUUUCAACGAUCAAUUAGCGCACAGAAUUCACCAGAAACUCGGCCGACGUAUCGACGAUCAUUUUCAGAACAGACGAAUGAGAAUCGACCCGUUGGUAAAGUCAUAUCAAGUAGAAGAAGUUUGAAUGACUAUCAGAAAUCACUUGCCGGCUAUUGUGGGACGCUGACAAAGCCUGAAGAUAGGCGGGAUGCUGAUAAGAAGGCGGAAGAAAAUGCUGAAUUGAUUGAUAAGGAAUGCAGCUGGGACACGAAUGCUGAAGGCGUUAUAUACGCGCUGCCGAACAAGGGCAAAUAUAAGGAUCUGAAUCUCCAAUUACAAGUCAAUAAUAAUGGCACGAGAUAUUCGUACGUGUCCGUGCAAGAUACUAAAACAGUCAUGAGCAAUUCACAGAACGAAGUCGUGUAUUCCAAUGAUAUGGGAGACGGUGACUAUGCCAGGAUCGACGAGUUGUUAGGUGCGGAAAAUUGUAUUUCUCCGAUCGGUGAAACUAAUUUAAGGACGUCGCAUAUCGGUGCGACGAGUAAAGAGACUGGGAAAGUGUUUAAUAUGCUGCCCUCUGUCGGCAAAGUGUCGCAUAACCCUCGGGAUCCGUCUAAAGUGCCUUCUAUUCAGCAAACCUCACGCGAGCCCGUGGGCGCGGCUCGCAUGUGGCAGUGCAGCGAGUGCUGGUUCGCGUACAACGCGUGGGGCGCGCGCUGCGACGUGUGCCGCAGCGCGCGCCCGCCGCACGCCGUCACGCUCGCGCCGCAGGACGCCCGCCACAGGAACAAUUCCUCGUCAGAAGCAAGCGGUACGAAAACAGAAGCAAAUCGCAACGAAGCCGUUAAAAAGCUGACAGUGCCUAUCGCUUCAUUGGAUCACGAUCUUAACAGUGACGAACUCCUAUUUGCCGUUGACACGUCGGCGCCGGCGGCGGAGCUGGGCACGUGGUCGUGCGCGCGCUGCACGCUCGUCAACGAGGCGGGCGCGGCCGCGUGCGCCGCGUGCGCCGGCUCGCGGCCCUCGCCGCACGCCUACUGGUCAUGCAGUUCGUGUACAUUAAGGAACCCGCUGUCAGCGAACCUCUGUCUUGCUUGUAAAACUCCGCCGGUACCCAAACACGGUGUCCCGGGAUCUUCGAACGAAGCUACGAAUCAAGCAGCUGCUGCGGGUCGAAGUCCAUCUAGACACACCCCGGCACCGAGAAGAGCUUCGCGACACAAGACUCCUCCCCCCGAACACAAAGGCGAAACCACAGAAUGGCCGUGUUCGGAGUGUACGUUCGUGAACGCUGGCACGGCCCUGGCUUGCGACAUGUGCCAGUCGCCCAAAACUAGGCUUUUGCCAGCCGCGCCAGACCAGCCCAGCUUGGAUGACGAUGAUUCCCCGGAGGGUUCGGACGGGGAGCGUCAGGAGAGCACCCCCAUGGAAAUACUCCGCCUGAGAGAGGAAAGUCACGCCUGGACACAGUGGCAGGAGGUUCUAGCUCAAUGUGCCGCGACGGGCUCGAUGUACGUGGACGCGUCGUUCCCGGCGGCGCCGCGCUCGCUGUACUACGCGGGCGCGGGCGCGGGCGCGGCGGCGGGAGCGGGCGCGGGCGCGGGCGAGGGCGCGGGCGCGGCGGCGCGCUGGCUGCGGCCGCACCACAUACACGUGGACGCCGACCCGCGCCUGCCGUGGCUCGUGUUCCGCGACCCGCGCCCGUCCGACAUCUCGCAAGGUGUGCUGGGCAACUGCUGGCUGCUGUCGGCGCUGGCGGUGCUGGCGGAGCGCUCGGCGCUGGUGCGCAGCGUGCUGGUGCGCGCCGAGCCGGCCCGCGGCGCCUACCAGCUGCGCCUGUGCAAGGACGGCCGCUGGCUCACCGUCACGCUGGACGAUCUGCUGCCUUGCAACCGGAAGGGACACCUCGUCUACUCGCAGGCGAAAAGAAAACAACUGUGGGUACCUUUAAUAGAGAAAGCUGUCGCGAAACUACACGGCUGCUACGAGGCGUUGGUCUCGGGGAGAGCUAUCGAAGGGCUGUGCACGCUGACGGGCGCGCCGUGCGAGUCGGUGUCGCUGCAGGCGGGCGGCGCGGGCGGCGGCGCGGGCGCCCCGCUGGAGCAGCUGGACCGCGACCUGGUGUGGGCGCAGCUGCUGUCCUCGCGCCAGGCCUGCUUCCUCAUGGGCGCCAGCUGCGGCGGCGGGAACAUGAAGGUGGACGAGGAGGAGUACCAGCGCCUGGGCCUGCGGCCGCGCCACGCCUACUCCGUGCUGGACGUGGCGGAGCUGGGCGGCAGCCCGCCGCUGCGCCUGCUGCGCCUGCGCAACCCGUGGGGCCACUACACGUGGCGCGGCGCGUGGGCGGCGCACUGCCCGCGCUGGACGGACGCGCUGCGCCGCGCGCUGCCCGCCGCCGAGCGCGACCAGGGCGUCUUCUGGAUCAGCUUCGACGACGUGCUCAGGUACUUCGACUGCAUAGACAUAUGCAAGGUGCGAGUGGGAUGGCACGAGGUCCGGCUGGCCGGAAUCCUGCCUCCCAUGUCGUCCACGCGGCACCUGACCUGCCUCCUGCUCACUGCCACUCAACCCACCGAGGUCGACUUUACGCUGUUUCAAGAGGGACAGAGAAAUUCAGCCAAAAGUCAGAGAUCCCAGCUCGAUUUGUGCGUAGUUGUUUUCAGAACUAAAUCUGGACCUAGCGCUCAAGUUGGCAAACUAGUAGCUCAUAGCAAAAGACAAGUCCGAGGUUUCGUCGGCUGUCAUAAAAUGUUAGAAAAAGGCUUUUAUUUAGUAGUAUGCUUGGCUUUCAACCACUGGCACACCGGUCUGGAACUGGCAGACAGUUCAGCCUGGCCACGACACGUUCUAGCAGCACAUUCUUCAAAACCGCUGACCGUGGAACGACCCUCGCUCCAUCCACAUAUCCUAGCGGACGCCAUCAUUGGCUUGACCCUGGCAAGAGGUCAAAGGCACGAAGGAAGACAAGGAAUGACGGCGUAUUAUUUGACGAAGGGUUGGGCGGGUCUGGUGGUGAUGGUGGAAAACCGACACACGGACAAAUGGAUCCACGUGAAGUGCGACUGUCAAGAGAGUUACAACGUAGUGUCCACGCGCGGGGAACUCAAGACCAUCGACUCUGUGCCGCCGCUGCAUCGACAAGUGAUCAUAGUGCUGACGCAACUGGAGGGUAGUGGCGGAUUCUCCAUAGCGCACCGACUCACGCACCGCCUGGCGGCCGGCGCCCGCCUGCAGGACUGGGCGCCGCGCGCCGACGACCAGCCGCGCCACCGCCCCCCCCUCGCGCGCCGCCUCAGCGGCCUGCACGCGCCGCGCCUCAUCACAUAGCGCGCGCACGCACUAGCCGCGCAGCCGACCACCAGCCGCGCCACCGCCCCCCCCUCGCGCGCCGCCUCAGCGGCCUGCACGCGCCGCGCCUCAUCACAUAGCGCGCGCACGCACUAGCCGCGCAGCCGACCACCAGCCGCGCCACCGCCCCCCCCUCGCGCGCCGCCUCAGCGGCCUGCACGCGCCGCGCCUCAUCACAUAGCGCGCGCACGCACUAGCCGCGCAGCCGACCACCAGCCGCGCCACCGCCCCCCCCUCGCGCGCCGCCUCAGCGGCCUGCACGCGCCGCGCCUCAUCACAUAGCGCGCGCACGCACUAGCCGCGCAGCCGACCACCAGCCGCGCCACCGCCCCCCCCUCGCGCGCCGCCUCAGCGGCCUGCACGCGCCGCGCCUCAUCACAUAGCGCGCGCACGCACUAGCCGCGCAGCCGACCACCAGCCGCGCCACCGCCCCCCCCUCGCGCGCCGCCUCAGCGGCCUGCACGCGCCGCGCCUCAUCACAUAGCGCGCGCACGCACUAGCCGCGCAGCCGACCACCAGCCGCGCCACCGCCCCCCCCUCGCGCGCCGUCUCAUCGCAUAGUGUUGCCCUACGAAACCCCCCUAAGCGACCAUAGUCCAACUAAGAUUGAGUAUGACUAUUCAUAUAGCUAGGCUGCAUUUAUACUCAAACAUUAAUAAUUAGAAAUUCUUAACUAAAGAGGCCACAUCGUAAUGUACACAUUUUGAGAUUACAAAUAUCUAAAAUGGAACACGUACUUACUAAGAAAAAUGGACCGCAAGGCUUCAGUGACAAAGUUGAAUAUCGAUUAAUAAAACUUUAUUCACAACAUCAAAUGGAUCAUAGUUAAUAAGGAUCAAUGAUCUUUCGAAUUCGUGUCUAGAAUAUUUGGUUUAGCUUUUACUAAAUAAUAAUUAUAUAAGCCUGUACGAAAUGCCCUUCUCAUCGUUGAAGGUGGUACAGAAACUGGCACAAUGCACAAUUAACAUCAAAUAUGCCAUUCGACAUGUUUCAACGUGUAAUUCAAUCGAGCGUCGUUAUACUGCCUUAAGAUCAAAUAAGUUUUAAAUAAAAGGAAACGGACACAAAAUAAACUUGAAAAUUAAUGACAUUGAAUGUACGAAGGACGAUGUACUCAUAAAUCGUAAAUUUUAAUAUGUAAAGACUAUUAUUUGAUAACUUAAUACAAUUCGUAUUUUUUAACUAUAAAUACAUAUUGCAUAUAAAAUGUCACACAAUGGUUAUUUUUCGACUAGUUGUAAGCACUUCGAUUAAAUACUAAGCCAUCAGUAAUGUAUAAACUGUAAGAUGUUUAAUCAUUAUGUAAUAAAAAUCGCGUAGAUGAGUAAAGGCAUUGCAUUCGUUAAUUUAGUCCUUAAUUAUAUGGUGUUAAGAACGAAAAUCGCGCAAUCGAUACGCAUGGAAUUUAAUGUGAUUUUGUUUGAGAUCUGAAAAUUGUUUUGAUUUUUUUUUAAAGGAAUCUGUUCGGGGAUGUGAUGUUAGAUUUAUAAUAAAUCAGUGCAAUUAAAUGAAUUUCUUUAGGAUAUAGGUUUCUGCACGCAUUUUUAUAAAUAAUAUAUAAUAGGGAAAUAAAGAAAAUAGGUGUGCAAAUGUAACUAAAAAUAAUGAUUUCUAAUUAUUUUUUUUUGGGUAAUUCUGAGGUUAUGAACUAAUCAUUUAUUGUUAAAGUGUUGAAUGUCAAUGUGUAAUAUCGGUCUAUAUUUGAACACCCCUGCGGUUUACUUUUCAUUGGAACCUAUUUGAAGAAAAUGUACGAAAUAUUUGUGAUUUUUUUUUUAAUUUUUAAUCUUGCUAAGGAGUAAUUAUUUGUUUGAAUUGCUUAUAUGAUAUUUCGAUUUAAGACAAUGCGCUGUGUCCAACGUGUAACGUGACAGUAGCGGGACUGAAGUGACACUUAAAGAAAUGUCAUGACAUUCUCGCCAGAGAAAGUAAUGUCUAGCUAAAUGAUUAGCUAUCCUCUACACUCUUUAAGUUAGGUCCUUCAACAUUCUCAAAAUAUAUUGUAAAAAAAAAUUAAAUUGUUUUGUCAUCAGUACCAAAAGAGUGUGCACAACAAUUAAUUUAAAAUUGAGUUGUAAGAUACCACUCAUACUGACAAAUUAAGUUUAAUAAAUGUUAUAAAAAAAAUGUCUUAAAGGGUACAAAAAUUCAAGAUUUUAGUCGUCCUUAAUUUUUACACGAUUUUUUUUUUACAUUUAAUGUAUUUAUUGGGAAGUUGUAGCAAGUAGACUUCAUGCUACAUGGACAUAGCGCAUAUAUUUAAUAUAAAAUUCUGUUGUACGUUACGAAAGACAUUUUCACAUCGGAAGUGUUCAUUCCAAAUUGCAAUACUCAUUAAUGUUUUAAAUAUUAAAUUUGUAUUCGUGAUCGUAUUACUUGCCAUUAACUAUGUUACGUAUAAUUUAUUAUCGUUUGGCCUAGGAUUUUAAGAUUGUGCAAUAAUUCUCCAUUUAAAUCCGAUGUUUUAUAGCACAUGUCAGCAAAUGAAACCAUCGUAGACAUUAGAGUUUAGGAAUGGCGUAAGUGCGACACAAAAUCGUCGAAAUGAUUGAUAUCAAACGAUUUUAUAACUUAUUUUUAUCGGGAUAGAGUAUUAUAUCACACGUAGCUAUCAAUUUAGAUAUUGUGUCGCACAUAUUAUAGUUGUAAAUUAAACGGCACUUGUAAAAAUCCUCGAAGUAAUAAAAAAAAGUCGUAGCACGUGUGUAGUUAAUGAUAAUUGUAAUGAAAUAAUUUGUACACAAAACUAAGCUUUUAUAUGAGGUGUUGAUCGUUUUGGAAGUUCUCUUCUCACCGUUGAAUGUUAUCGGUUAUUUUUUUAUGUGCCAUAAGAGUUAGACUAGGGGCUAGGCGUUUAGUUGCGCGACUGUUGCGCCACUGUUGCGUAACUAGCUAGUCGGACGAUGCGAUUUUUAGUUGUGACUUUUGAUAAACUAAUAUUACAUAGUUGGCCUCCUAGACGCUUUUUGUCUCUUGCUUUGUAUUUGUGAAUUAUAGGAAAGCGAGUUUUUUUUUUAUAUAUAUAUAAUUUCCAUUCCACGUCGUAAUUUUCGUAUAAAGUUCUUUAGAGAUGUUUAUUUUUAUAUACAUUUUAUAAUGUUAUCGAUUCAUUUAUAUGAAAUGUAACCGCUUGAUAAUCAAAAGGAAUUUCCAUGCGUCUGCAUAUGUGACAGUAUUAUAAUAUUUGCAUAUGCAGAUAUAUCUAGUAUGCACAAAUGGUGUUGUUUUGUUUUAAGAGUGUUUUAAUUUUUUUUUUUUUUUAUUAUCGAAUACAAAAGCAAGAAAUGAAAGUUUUUAAGAAAUUUUGAUAUCACGGUUUAUUUAUUGACUAUAUUAUACUUAACGUAGCGAGGUUGUUUUGUAGCUAAAUGACGCUUAUUUUACGUGUUAGAGGAUACGUGAAUGCAUGUUAUAUUACCUAAAUGUAAGGGAAUAAAAUUAUUUAAAUUUGA